ACAAAAACUGGGUUUGGCGGCCGAGUAUAUAUGCAAGCCCGAAACGGGAAGAUGUCACAGUCUGGUCUCGGCAAGCAAACCAACAUGAACUCUCUUUUGGUACUCUUCUGCAUUAUCGGAGUUGCUGUUGCUCAGCAAUACCAACAGCAAUAUUACACUCCUGCAAGGUUGGUUCAGCCCGUUCUAACCGCAAACCUUGUCCAGACCAAGGCGAAACCUGUCGCCGUCCUCAGUCAGAACUCUAACUUUAACUUCGAUGGAAACUUCAACUACGACUUUCAGUCUGAAAACGGCAUCAGCAGCCAGGUCGUAGGAAGCGUCAAACCUCUCGGACCCGACGAACAGGCCCAGGUCUUGCAGGGAAGCUACUCGUACACCGCCCCCGACGGUACACCCGUAACCACAAAUUGGUUCGCUGACGAAACCGGAUUCCACGCUUCAGGAGACCACCUCCCAACCCCUCCCCCAGUGCCAGAAGCGAUCGCCAGGUCCCUCGAUUUCCUCAGAUCCGUCGAAGCAUCCCGGCCACAAAACGUUCAAGCCAAAUACUAAUCGAGCUGUUCCUUGUAUAUUACAUGUAAUAUAAAAUUUAAACUUUA